AUGAAUAAUUAAGGUACACAGGGUGAGUUCACUUCUGUUCCACUAAGGUCUUAAUCUAACAAUUAUUCAGGAAAGCCAGUAUUCAAUCAUAAGAUAGUGCUUUUAGGAGAUAUGGGAGUCGGCAAAACCUGUCUUUCAAUAAGAUAUGCUUAUGGAAAAUUUUCAAAUACACAUGAGGCAACUAUUGGCGGAUGUUUCUUAACUAAAGAUGAAGAGCUAGAUGAUCAUAUAGUAAAGUAUGAAAUUUGGGAUACUGCUGGGUAAGAAAGAUAUCACUCUUUAGCUUAAAUGUACUACAAAAAUGCAAUUGCAGCCUGUGUCGUGUUCGAUGUCACAAGUAAAGAAUCAUUUGAAAAAUGCCAAAGAUGGGUUGAAGAGUUGAAUUAAAAAGCUAGUCCAGAGAUCAUCAUUAGCAUCAUGGGAAAUAAAAUUGAUCUUGAAUCACAUUAGGUGACUAGAGAAAUGGCAGAAUCAUACUGUAAAGAGAUGGGACUACAGUACUAUGAGGUAUCUGCUAAAUAGAAUUAAGGAGUUGAUAAAGUAUUUAAGGAUAUUGCAAAGAGACUACCCUAGGAAUCUACUAACAAGAAAAAGAAUACUUUAAAGGCUAAAUAGUAAGAUCAAAUAAAGAAUGGAGGCUAUGCAGGAUCAUGCCAAAGCUGCUGA